AUGGGGAGUCGGUCAAUAGAUCCGGUGCACGUUGGCUUCAAAGAAGCUUUGACGGUAAGCCAAACAGGCGACUGACCUUUGAUCAAUGUCAAAUGGGAGUAGCUGGAGGCCUGGUCACAUGGUUGGUCGACUGUCCAGUCUACUACAAAGAAAGCGAUAAACAAUAGAAGCAGAACUUUUACACUUGAUAAAUCUACGAGGCACGAAUUCUAAGCUUCCUUUAGAAACAACUAAGAUAACAUCACAAAUAAAUUCUGCAUCAUCACAGGAGAGAAAGAUGUGCCUAUUCAAAGAUCCGAAAUGGCUACUUAUUAAGUUGUCUGCGAAAUCAAAAUGUACGCAAGUUUUCGGGUGCUGUUUUUGAAUAGACAAGGCAACAGUUAAUAAAUAUAUGGUCAUAAUCGAAAAAACCCUCUUUGAAAACCACAGGAAGGGAGUAAUGUCAUUUUUUUUAGAAAUAAGAUCUAGAAUAUGGCUAUUUCUCGUUGGUGAGGGGAUAUGCUGAAACCAGUUAGAAAGAUUAAUAAUAUAUUGAAAAGGCUGGAAUCUGGGGAGGCAGAUGUUCGGAAGCCAGUCUCUUGCAGAAAAGCAAAAAUCUCCAGCGAUUAUUUUUACACAAAUGAAAAAUUUUGAAAUUGAUUUAAACAUUGCGUUCAUUUAUGUACCAUUGUCGGAUGCUGAUUUAAGAGGAAUGUAGAUGGAGUCAAUAAUGAUCUUUCUUUGCAGUGGGAUAAUAGUAGAUGCGAAGCCGCAAUUCUCAGAAAACGAAGGAGCAUUAAUGUCGUACGCGAAGUGCCUUAAGAAAGCAACCGCCCACACGCCUAGUUAUGCGGUCUUGACGGUAGAAAUCAAAGCCAAGCAUAAAAAGGAAGAGUCAGGCCCUAGUUGGGGCCAAAAGCAUUUAAUAAUAUUCCGAGCAGUGUGUCUAUGGACAACGUCAUUUAGAAAAAAACUAGGAGUUGGAUAAGUUGGCUGCAAAUUAUUAUUAGUUGAGCAAUAAGUACCAGCGGCUCCAGAAGUAUUUGGAAAUGGAGGGCCAGCGACAAAAGAUUGAGAGGGAGAUCUGGAAGAUGUAGGAAUGCAGUUUUCUGAUACCCGCAUACUAUGAUAGCUCAAACAGGGGUAAACUUGUCGGUAGCUACCAUGGGGAGGGGAAGCUUGAAGGAAGAUAAGCCAUUUUAUUUAGGCAACAAGGCUUCCGCUCUUGAGCUUCCUAUUCAUAUUCUAACAUGGCGAGAAAAUCAAGUUGCACAGCAGUAACUCCGGAAAUUGUAGUCGUCGACAUCUGCGAGUCAGGAGCAAACUGCCACCAUUGAAACAACCUUGCUGUCAUGUAGAGUAGUUUCUCAGCAAAUGAGUAUCUCGUUUGCACUUAAAUAUUUCAACAGAUUCUGAAAGGACCACCGCGUUAGGGAGUCCGUCUCACGCUCCAAUAGCCUUCUGUGGGAAGGCGUUUCGUCAGAGGUUCGUAUAAACCAACUUCCUCUACAGUUUGAUGGGAUGCCCCUGCAGAAGGUCCGUCCUCGGCCAUUCAAAGAAGUCUCCGAAGUUUAGAGCACACUCACGGCCUCUUACAAUCCGGUAGGCUUGGAUGGAUUCGUCGCGCAGUUGCCUGCAAUUGAUAUAAAAUAAAUUAAGUUCAGCCAGUCUGGCUUUGUAAGGCAGAUGACCAAUAAUCUUGACUAUCGUCGUAGCCUUCGCAUGCACUCGGUCCAGCUGCUGACAAUCCUUAAAUCACAGACGCUAGGCCUGAACAACAUGCUUCAAGUGAAACCGAAAGAAUGCCUUGUAGGUUUUUCCAAAUAUCUCCGUAUCGAUCUGCACAAAUCCUCGCCACAGCGCAAAUAACCCCCUUAUCACUCCUUUGGCUGAUCUUUGGCACUUAGGACGCUGAGGUCUUUGCGUUCUUUAAAAUAUGAAAGGGGCUACCCACCAAGGAAUUGUUGAAAGGAAUCAUCCCGUCACUGGUCAUUUUGGCACGAAGUCUUUUGGACUAAACACUUAACAACGUCAGAGUUUAAGAGCCAAUGAGCAGAGCAGUUGCUGGGUUCGUUGAAACUGUCUUGAAGUGGAUACUUGCUUGCGUUAGAUCUGACUGCUCUUCACAAUUCAUCAUCGUUAACGAACAUUACUGCGCUACAACCCAAAUCUUUGGCACAGUCGUUGAUGUAGGCUACGAAGGGCAACGACCCUACGACUGAGUCCUGAAGUACGCCACUUAGUGCGGGCGUAGGGGUAGACUUCGAGGCAUCAACGUACACAGUUUGCGAUUCUCCCGUAAGAAAAUCUGCGAUCCGCGUCGGCAGCUUUCCCUUUAUCUCAGCUUCAGACAGUUAAUAGGUUAGGCGUUUGUAUGGAACGCCGACAAACGCCUUCUUGAAGUCGGUGUAGAUGACGACGAUCCUACCAUCCUCGCUCAGUGCGUGAGUCCACUGCUCAGUCGCGAGCAAUAAACUGGAAAAUCAAGAACGGUUCUGUCGUAAGCUGUGCUACAGUCCUGAGCAUAAAUGGCUUUCAUCCAGGAACUCCAUUGUUGCUUUCUUAAGUAUGGUUCCCACUACUUUACAGCAAAUUCCGGUUAGGCUGGUAGGUCGACAAUUGUUGUUAUUUGCUCGAGACCCACUCUUGUAUAUCACGUAGAUAUUUGCUGUCUUCGUUUUGGAUGUCAGUCUCGCUGAUUAAAAUGACGAAUGAAAGACAUGCGCAAGCGGUUUGAAGAUUUCGAUCGCCAAUUCUCUCAAGAUCAUGGCGGCAUGUUUUCCGGACCCGAUUUCUUUGCUUCCUUGAGACUCUGCUGCUAUCCUUCUACGACAGAUGCUAGGAAGAGUAAAGACUCAAACAUGCGACCAGCGAUUACGGCAGCAUUGCUGACAUUGUGGUUCUGGAACUCCUUUUCUCUAGUUAAACCGAGGCAAAGAGUCGUUCCAAGCGUUCGGCUUUCUCGGCAUUUUAGCGAUUCGUACGUCAUUAUUAUUCUUAAGUGCUACAAUUGGGUCCUUGUUUUUUUUAUUCGACUGUUGAUAAAGUGAAAUAAAAUCUUAGGAUUUGUUUAUCUUGCUGGAUAUUUUUGUAUGCGUAGGCCUUCCUUGCUUGACGGAUGAAUUUUGUGGCCGCAUUUCGUUGGCCAGGAAACUCCGCGAGGUUUUCUAGAUAUAUUCCACCUUUUAUUUUUCUUUCUGAACUGUCUGUUAGGGUUUCUGGUUAACCAGUAGGACGACUAGUAGGUUUUCAACCGUCACUGCACAACAACACCUAAACAGGUUUAGUCAAAUUGCCUUAAAAGAUCGCCAGUCGUCCUCUGGAUCCCCCUUGAGCAAACGGUUCAAACGGUCUUCCAUCAUGUUAAAAGCUGCCUUCCAUUUUUCCAGCCGUUGAGAAUAGAGCGAGGUAUCCUACAGUAGCGUAAUAUGGUCAGUUUUUCUGAGAGGUACACUGAAAUACACUUUGUCAAUGUUAGAGGAGGCUCUCGUAAAAACUAGGUCAAAGGAAUUCGCCCUCUGGCUUUCUCAAAAUCUCGUUGGCGUCAUUGUAUGCUGUGCGAGAGGGAGGUCGAGUGUGAGGUCUUUUAGCUUACGGCUGAAGAAAGUAGACUUACCGUCAAUUGCCAAAUCUUCGCAGUCUAUUGCAGGCACGUCGAAAUGUUCAGCGAUAAGAACCUCUUGGUAGCCAGCUCCUUCCUCGAUCAAAUAAAGGAAUGACCCGUCGAAUGCACUCGAAAGGUUUGAUGGUCCGUAAGCUAUCAGUAAUUCCAGGCUUAUUUUAUUACUCUCCUUUAGUUAUAUUCAGACGGAUUCAAACUCAAGAGAGAGUGUGUGGGCUCGUUCAACUGUCGAAAUUUUUGCCUUACAUUUAUGACUACCCCACCGACCAGUCUAUUUUGACGGUCUCUAAGAAAGAGCUGAUGACCCUGUAUCGAACUCUUGGUAGCCGCAACUUCAGGUUUCAGCCAUGUUUCUGUUAUGGCAAUGGCAUCAGAGCCUUGCUCCGAAACUGACGUUUUGAGUUCAUCGAGUUUCUUAACGGGACUUUAAGCAUUUUUAUACAAAAAAUCUCAAUUUUGGCCUGGGUAACGCCGGUACACAAGCGUCUUUCCAUUUCGUGGGAUUGAAUGCAGGAGCCUGGCUGUGCUGAUCGAGAUGGACUGGUAUUAAUUUUACAUAAGCUGUUAGGGGUAUAAGCUUUUGCGCGGAAAUGACCUCUGGACAUGUAUAAUUUGUCCAUUCAUCAUUUUUGGAUUACUCUCGUCCAGGCUGGACCUCCUGAGGACUUCUGCUCUGACCACUCUAAACUGCUCUCUCAUUGCAGGUGAAGUAUGCUGUUUAAAACUGUUGAGCGGUCAUUUCGGGGUGCGGGUUUCCUGCUCAACAGUUGCGGUACUUGUUCCUAACUCCGGAGGACAAUAUUUAGCGGUCUCGUCGGUUCGUCCCAUUCUUUUAGUUUUUUAUUCAGUCCGCCCUGAAAGCUUUUGAUGCGGUUACUUCCUCGUCACAUUUUAAGAGGAGUUUGAGAUAUUAGUUAGACAUUUAUUUGUCCCGGUGUAUUCUGUCUUUCAGGGCGCUGGAAGCAGGCCCAGGCAUGCCCUUUAUGACGAUUAAUUUUGAUCAACUUGAGGGCCUUGUGGUUUAUUUUUACGUGAGCUGGCUUUAUUACGGAUAGCACGGUUAUGGUCUCGGUUGAGGAAGUUUUAGUGUGGCACUGCCAAUGCAUGGUUUCGCGUUUACUAAGGCUUCUCGGUCAUCCGCUACAAUCGGGAGCAUCGUUUCUGCCAGCAAUGUACUUAACUUCUCUUCCCUAAUCUGACCUUCUUUUUCUUUAUGGCAUGCUCUGAGACGCUUUUGCCCUCUGUGAUACAGUCCGGCUGCCCCUUUCUCGCAAAACACACCGAUUCACAUUCACGCCGAGCUCCAUAGACUCACUGCUUUAUUCCUCCUUGGUUUACAGAGAUAAGGAGCCGUAUUUGCAUACGUUUCUUCCUCUUUUCUGAACCUAGGAUGCAAGCGAUUUUCUCCUUUUGGUUUAAUAGCGGGGAAGAUUUCUCAACUUCUCCAUCUCGGUUUUAGGACCGCUAUAGUUAUUUCUAUUUCUAAAUAAUUUUGAAGGAUUACGGAGCAUAUCGUAAAGUUUCGACUUCGUACUAGACAUCCAUGCGGCGUAUUAGACUGUUUGGUGGGAGGUGACUUGAUAGCAAACUACACAGAUCCUCGGGCAUUUUUACUACGGCUAAUGUUUAUUUUUUUAUUUAUUUUGGCCCAUCCAUCAUGUGCCCAUUGUUUUGUGGGCACAUUAUUGGUUGCACUUCAACAGUGAUGUGGUUCAAUUGGAAUUUUUGUUGGAUUCUUUGGACGCUGUCCUGAGGAUGUAUUAUCGGCACCAAAUAUUCAUUAAAAGAUUGCUGAGCGUGUUCGCUGGAGUGAGAAGCGGUUUUUAACCAGAUCAACUGCAAGAAACAAAUGGCAAAAAGACUCAAUCGUUCGUAGUUUUGGAGAAGUCCGUCGAGCUGCAGAUAAGGAAUCGGUCAGAGGGGGACAUGUUCUCCCGUUGUAAAUUUGCGAGGAUGAGGAUAGUGUUAGCUCAAAUUGUGGGCACGCUACCUUUCAGUAUUGCUUCAUUAACGAGGUAAAUGAAAUCAGUAAAAGACUGAUAAUAAUUCGUUUUUAUAAUGUUUUAAGCCAUAUUAUUUGUCAACAAGCAAAGCAACGCUACGGGAUUUGGGCAAUUAUUGCUCCAUUCUAAGGUGAGCAUAGUUGAUCGAUGAUAGAAUAAACGUAAGCUCUGCACGCAUAGAGUAGGGUGACUGAAUUAUAUUCAUUGCUCACAAACAGUGGAGUCGUACUUACAGUAAAGCCUGCAAUGUCUCGCGGGCUUCCUCAAUUCUGAAGUCCUGGAAACGCUAGCUUAGUAUGGACAAAUUUGCCCAGAAUCAAUUGUCCUAGACGAGAGUGGGUGAAGAGUGGAGCAACAAACAUCGGACGAUGAGGCUUUUUAUAAAUCUUUUCCCUUAUUAAUACUCCUAUCCACAAAAUUAAUCCUGAAUUUGCUCCAGAGAUGCCUGUAUUUGUGUUUUUCUAAGGUAAACCUAAAUAAACACUGACAUUUACAAUAAAAAGAUUCGUAUACUACACAGAAAUGUCAACUAUUUCCGUUGUGAUGACAUUGCAUAUGCGGGAUACGUGCACAUGUCCAUGCUUGAACACACUUCCAGUCAGGCCAACGACGCUUCACACGGCCAAAUCGAGCUCCGAAGCUACUUUAAAACAUUAAAAAAUCACUCAGGCAUGUUUGCUGGUUUCUGCUAAUGAUUCCAUUUUGACGCAUUCUGACAUUUUUUCGAGCAUUUGGGAAUUCCAGUCAGUCUCUCGCGACCACUUUUCCGUUUUAUUAGAUCAGGUUGUUUUUCAAAUCUUCCUUUUUACACGUCCACGCACAACGUUCACUUGAGGGUUAGCCUUAGGUGUGCUUAUCAUAGCAUUCCAGCCAUUUCGGGUGGCCUGUCAGAGAAGGCAGUGCCCAUAAUCACUGUUUCUGUAUUCCAGAAUGACAAAUUAGUGUUCCAUUUAUAUUCAACCAACUUUACAAUUCUGACGAGAAAGCAAGAGACUCUUUAGGAAUCCUCAAUUGUCAAAUAAAUUCUACAUUUAUACCUGCAUCGAGUUUUAAUAGGCCAAAUUCUUGGCGAGGAUGUUAAUCACUCACCUACUGAGUCUAGUCCUGUCGCUAUUUCGUCAUUCUUAGAUGGAGUUCUCAGCAGAGGCUUGCGAAAGUGAGAAGUUUGAAGAAGAUUUUGAUGAAACUGAUGAUUACUACUACUUGUCGGAUGACAAUGAGAUUGAGGAAUUGGAGAAAAAGUGACCUCGUCCUUCAUCUUAUGUCUUAGGCAUAAUGAAAAAGAGCUUUCAGAAGAUCUGAAGUGCAAAACUAUUGAUUCAGAUGAAGCGGAUCAAAUUUUAAACAAGGAUAUACAAUUCCUAUCUAAAAAGAUUUCGGUAAUUUGGUAUUAAUUUAGAGUUUCACAGGUUCCGCCCUGGCUGACAGCCUUGUUUCUUCGGAAAAGGAAGUGGGAUUUGCAAGAAGUCGAACAGGAAUUCUUACGAAAUCCGUGUUCGCUUUUAUCGUCCAUCCUGCUCAUUCCACAGAAUGGAUACUGUUACACCUCCGAUGCGCCGGAUUUCGGGAAUGUCAUUGCGCUUAUAAAUCACAACCAGAAGAGCAAUCGACGCUCCCCGGGCAUUAAAUUAAAAGGUGUGCCUUACCAUUUUUCCAAUCGCCAUCAAAUCAUUCGGCGUUUUAAUGUACCUUUGCCUUAUAUGCUACUCCGUCUCAUUGACCGUAGAGCGAACUAGAGAUAAGUCAUUUCCGCUGCUUCUUUUAGCAAAGAACACUUAGAUGACAGUUCUUCACGCCCAGAACUAAAGAAAAGGGCGUAAGUGUCAUCAAGAAUGGGCGACCAUUACUCCCAAACAUGUGUCUGCCAGUAUGUGGAAGUGGUUUCUGGCUGCGUUCGAUUUCCUUCGUACGUGUUAGAGAAAAUUUGGUUUAACUAGUGUUCUUGGCAGAUUUGAAUAAUUCAUUUGACCUAACUUUGAGAAACUUAGCGGUCUCAGUGGGAUUUGAACCCGCCACAAUAAGGGAAGGUUUGGGUGCAGCCAACGCCCUCACCACCCGAGCUAUGAGGCCCAACCGGGAGCCGUGAAUUUAAUCAUAUUUGGGUAACUUUUACUUAAGAGAUUGAUAUUUAUUGUCCUCGUUUUUAUACACAGUUUUUUAUACCUCAGGAAGAACAUUUUACGUAAUUUUUCUGUCCAAAGAUAGUCGCCAUUGUGUGGUAGGAAUGUCGGCUUCCUUUCCACACUAUUUUAGGGAGAUGCCAGUGUGAUGCCCGAGUCUGCAAUGCUAACUCGCUUUAACGAAGUAUAUGUGCGUUAAUUGCAGGCAGGUUUGCUACCCAGGAUCAGGGUUCGUUUACAUGGUCAUUCUUCGAAGUCGCCGAAGACUGCCACUAAUUUGGGCGUCAUUGUGAAUUUUCCGUGAAUUAGAUUUUGAGGAGGAGGAGGCCUGCAUAGCGUCAACCCCUCUCCGCCCCCCGUCUUCUUCACAUUCGACUGUCAAUCCUAGUCGAGUUUAUCUAAAAUGAGUGUGUACGCACUGGCCAUCAUAAAUAAACACGUUCGACAUUUACUAGUACGUCAACCAUCACGGACCCGAUCUCGCCAAUCCGAAAGUCAUGUUAGUGAAAUGUUAGAAGUCCACAUUAAGGGACCACUGCAACGUGACCAUCAGUACCGUGGCAGGAGUUACCAUACCAGUUUAAAGCCUUGCAAACGACAGCUGUGACUGUUAAAGUGAGAACCACGUUGAUCAUGAUCAGAUUACAUAAUUAAGUGAAAGAAAAGACUUAUCAAGCACUCGAAGAGUUUGUUUUUAUUCUGAGUUUUCGAACGCGCGCAGAAAUCCAUUUUCAGGGGUAGUGGCCACAACAGAACGAUUGACAUUUUAGGGGGUGCUACUCAACCAUUGGUCGAUGACUUUAAACUGGAGGUGACUACGCAAGGCUCUGUACGCCGCUGCCAGAUCGAUAAAUCGGCUGACUGAGCUCUUACCCGAGACUCAGGCUUCGACCGCUUUUCAUCUUGCUUCCCUCGUGAGUGAUUAUGUUGGUGACUGCGAAAUUAAAUUCCCGACUCCCUUCGUAGGUAUGGACAGUCACUUACGAUAAUUCGUCGCCUCGUCGCACAGUCACCUUAUUUUGUUGUAUGCGCGAUCAGAGGAGGCGUCCAUUCUGACCUGUGUAGUUACAAUGACAGUUCUGGCUUUGAAUGCGAUACACCACCCCAGAUUGCUCAUUGGGAUUUACCAUGUCUUUAAUUUUCAUGACCUUGCUGCGCAUGGUGGCUCUGGGCCAGCUCGAAAUUCCAACAUCUAGUUCCACAGCAAUUCACUCAAUCGCUUCUGCAACGUCCUUAAUGCUUGGUAGAGAAUGCCACAUACUUGAUGGUAUUGGUGUUUGGGUCCACUGGGAGCGACCGCGUAAGCAGCGACUUGCAAAACCGUCAGAUAGCCGUUCCGUAUAAACUGGUCGCGGAGACAACGGGCAUCACGGGCUCUUUUCUCCGGUGUGCUGCAAUGAGCCUGGGUCCGUUUGAAGAGCGUUUCCGCGCAGUUUCGCAUGUGGGCCACUGACCGGUUGCUGUGAAAACUGAGAAGCUGUGUGGUGUUCGUUACCUUAUUGUAAAUCGUCGUGUCAAGUUCUCCGUUAAGAUUUCGCCUGAGGAGCACAUCAAGGAAGGACACCUUCGUCUUCUGUUCUUCUUUCCUCGUUAAUUAUAUAUCGGGGAAGAUUGCGUUGAAAAGAUUGUAGGGAUUUCGUUGCAUGUCCUUCUUUACAAUAGAAAUGUUUCAUCUACGUACAGUGCGUGACCGAUCUCAUGAAAUGCUGGCCGAAAUCCUAGAAUGCGUUUUUGAUUAGUAAGGAUUACAUAGGUGAGGUUGCAAUGCUGAUUAUCAUGCCGCAUAAUCCUACAGUAUUUCGCACUGGCCAGGAUGUCGGCCUUUGAACGCACUUCUUUACGACCUCCUGCAGAAACCACACCGGGUUAAAAAUGACGGCAUAUGUAGCACGCAUUGAAUGAAUGCAAUGCAUUGCAAUGAAUGCGGAUUAUGCCAUCGCCUGUCUUGAGUCCUAGCUCACAUACGUAAGCAAUUUGUAGUGAUUACUAGCACGUUUUUCCACUUUUCAUUUGGUUCCCUUGCUGGCAUAUGUAAUCGAGUGGAUUAGCUCUAAAAUGCGGGGUUUCGCGCCCAGACUGAAGCACUAAUUGGAAGAGUCCAUGAACAUAUCAGAAUUUUAGACCAUUAUCAUUUUUCACGAUAGAUUACAGUAUAGGUCAACCCCGAAAUCUUUUGCCUCCUUAUCCGAAACAUUUGUAAAAUUUAACUUUUUUUGAUCAUUUUGGAGUUUAGUUUUACCGAUGUUUAAGAACCCGAAUACCCUUUUCCUUAAUAUGACAGAACAGAAGUGAGAUUCACAUAAACUGUGAUCGCUCAACUGACUGUUUGCUUUUGAAAGAAGACAUUCUCAUAUGUUUUUCUCAUAUGCUUUAAAAACAGGGCGUAGUGCAUCAGGACAUCGACAGGCAUGCCCUCCUGCCUAUAUGCUCAACACCCCUUCAUUUCUUCCCCUCAUCCUUGCCUGUGUGUUCUCCGGCUAUUUCGGACAUGAUGGCAUAGACCAUCGUCCCCUUCGUAUGGUCUAUGUUGAAUUUUUAUAAUAAUUGCACGCGGAUGAAGAUUCAUCAGCAUGUCCGUUUUGCCACAACUUGCUCAGGCACAGUGCUUUGCACAGUGCUAAAAAGCCUGAUGAUGGCACUGUGACGAGGUCAAUUUGAACCGCUACUAAUAGUCUGCUUGCUGUCUCUGCCUUGUGCCUCAUUUUUCGGGACCAUAGAGCUAGGGGAGAAAACCUCAAGCAAUCUAAACUGUUCUUCAGGAGCCACUUGCACACGAAAUUAGAUUUGCCCCGUAACACAGGUACAGCACUACUGCCGAAUAGUAGGCGUUCUGCAUUUGUCAAUCGUUAACAGACCGCUGAUAUUGGGUUUUAGGAUGAGUUACCAUUCUCCGAUUCUGUUACUCAAAGUCUGACAGCGCACAAUAUUCAUUAACAAUACCCAGAUGUAUGCCUCUUGUCUGGACUCCUAAUCCCCGACUUGAACUCUUGAAAAAUUACUAUCCCAGGAGUCAACCCCAACUGCGCCCUCUACCACACCAGUUUACGCUACUGCUCUGGUAGACACGAUAUGCUGAUCACUCUUUCUCGACGGGUAAAUCAUGUAUCACCUGCGUGGCAACUAGUUCCGACCAAUUGCUUUACUGAAGGGACACUUUGCUAACAUGUCCGUCGUCUCCGUCUACACAAAACAGCAGCGCAAUAAAGAGCCCUACUCGCAACUGCAAGGACCGAUCGGAAGACUCCCUUUUCAUGAUUUUCUGAUUGUUACUGGGAGCUGGACUGACCGAAUUAAACUCGACGACUCAACAAACGGUUGCCUUGCUGACUACUCCGAGCUUGUUUCUCGAUGCGACAGUCGUGAAAGAAUGUCGAACUUUGCUGACCGGAUCCGACAAAUCUCGUAUUCAAACGAUGGUCAUGCGGUCAGUCAAAUGGAAUACAUUCUAGUCAAUGGAACGAGUGAGUUCCGUAAGAACGAUCGGUGAGCGUCCUCUACCAUUGUAUAUUCCCGAUCGAAACCGACAGGGCAACGGGCUCAUGGCCCAGUGGUUAGAGGCGUUGGACUUCUAAUUAACAGGUCGCGAUUUCGAGCCUCGGUUGUUCCAAACUUCGGGGUUGGAUAUGACUGGCUGACGACGGCUAAUAAACCAGAAAUGGCCAUUCCAGUCAUCCUUGUGUUUGUCGGUAAUAACAUACUGCCUGUAUCAUGCGCCGCUGUGCGGCUGCUGGUUGGGCUCGAGAGUGAGCCCCCCUACCACAUUCUAGUCAGUCCAUUCAUUCGUAGCUGGCCUCAUGAUAGCCAAUUGGUGCGUGAUGUCGAAAUUGGCAACUGCCAGAGGUCAGUCCAUGUUCUCCUUAUUACAUAUCUGAAGGUUAAUAUUAUCCACACCUAAAUUGCCACAUGCAAGGCGCCUCAAUUUCGACAAAUUACAACCCAACACAACCGGUGGUCUAAGCACAGAAAUCCGUCACCACUUUUUAAUCCGAGUCGAAGUGUAAAGCAAUCGCAAAAAGUCGUCACUGAAGUCCGCAAUCCGCAAAACAACAGGGAUCAUUCUUGGAUUUAUCCAGCGGCGCCGCAGUAAUUGGAUAGAACCGAGAAUCUUAUAGUUGCUUGCCCAGACAGCUCCGGCUGAGUGUCGCCAUGAUGGUUCCUCUUGCCAACCCUGAAAAAUGACAGCGAAGUCGGCUAUUGGACUGAAGUGACGGCCUCUGUGGCGCAGAUCGCAGACAUUGGUGACACUCGAAAACUAUUCACCAAGUUAGUGCUAGCUCUCGCACACUGAAAAUUUCACGAUGUGAGUGGCGGCUUAAUUGCUGAUAGCUUUGGCAGGACCGAGCGUCAGCCUGAGCACUUCGAACAGCGUCUCGACUUGUAUCGUCUAGCCAGCAUUUCCCUGUUUCCUCUACAGCGCCAUUCCGGCUUACGUUUCUAAGCCUUGCGUUCAGCAGGCAUUGGGUGAGCUAUUUUCCGACGACUUAGGCUCGCCCAUUCUUGUGCAUCUUUUCAAGAGAAACUACCAGACCAAGUCUCCUCGAUUUUUCGGAAAAGGCCCUUACCACGCUAAUUCUCAAGCGAUUUCAGCGUGUGUGCCUCUAGAACUAGGUCUAACAAGCUGAGUUCCAAUCUCGGAAUGUAUACAUAGCGAAUUCUUAAAUUUUGCCAGGGUUACCAGCGACCGAAGGCUGCCUACUUUGUUGACUUCGCCGUAGCGCUGGAUUCCGUCCAUCUUGAGUCCUAAUGGCGGUAUGCCAACAGAAGAUAAUUGCUGUGAUCAAGGCUCGUUGUCAUUAUCACUGUGUGAUUUCGAAUCCAAAGUAACCCUCUCUCAGCCGUUGGGUAUUCGACCUGGCGUUCAACAAGAUUGCAUUCUGUCGCCCACCCUGUUCAAUCACAUUGUCAACUGCAUUCUCGGAAGUGUCUACAUUGUUUUGAUCGUGUCAACUUUACACCCGGGUGCCGACUGGCUGAACCGGAACAGACUGACGGUAUCGCUCUGCUAGCAUCGAACUAUGAUGGAUUGCAUAAUGUGGUGUCGCGUGUUAAUGAGGUCGCUAAGCCAGUUGGUUUAUUCAUAGAUUCCGGGAAUGCCAAAAGGUUUUAGAACUGCAUUUCUGACCAGGAGGCGUGCCUGGGGAUUAGUGACUAUUAACCUUGAGAAGUGGACAGUUUCAAAUACAUCGGAGCAGAUUUGUUGCCAAAUGGACAGUUUAAGGGCGGCGUAUCCUGCAUCGAUGCUACCUGCAAGGUUUCACAAUCCUUAAAAAUGUCUGUGUACUCGACGCGUUAUCCAAACGUCACAAAAGUCGGCAUGAAGCCGACAUCUGUCCAAGUAGUUCUACACGUUUCAGAAUGUCGGGCUAAGUCGGACCACUUGUCUUGAUUUACUUUAAGGCCUUUUGUGGAUUUUCCAAAGCGUUUUGGUGACGUCGACUGUGAGCUUCUGGGCGACCAACACAGACAACGCCGACGUAGAAAAGUCCUUUUGACAGGCGCUCCUCAUUCAUCCAUGGGACGUAGUCGUUCCUUGGCUUUGUUAAUUCGCUAAGCACCCAGGGCGAUUCCAUGACCUGGGUGUUCAUAAUUCAUUCUUACCACUCCACCUUUUGUAUGCUACAUAGACAAUUAAUGCAAAGGUGCUUCUGGUUGUUUGUGUGUUUUUCUAGUUGGUUGCCUAUGUCCGUAUAUAAGUUUUACCAAGACUAACCCUACGCAUUUUGAUGCUGAGGAGAGGGACCUCGCGAUUCCAUUCAGAAGAACAAAGCCUGUCAAGGUUUUGACUGGCUUUGCAACUUCGGGCUACAAGUUCACCGCCGAUCUUGGUAUUUCAAAUGUAGGAGGACUGGUUCACAGUGUUGAGGUAAUUGUCGUCGAUGAUUGAGGGUGCACUAUAUUUUCACGGUUAGUGUUGGUGGAUGCAUAAUAACUACUCUCUCCGUGUUGAUGCUUAGUCUGAAACAGGCUCGUCCGGGGACAAUGAAGUCCAGACUUCGCUGCGUAUCCACCUCAAUUGUGUACGGUGUGAAAUCAUGAGUGAAGAUAAUGUUAUGGUGGUAGAGGGGCGUUCACCGAUCGUUCUUACGGAACUCACUCGUUCCGUUGUGCCUUACGGGCUCUCUCUUGAGCCCAACCAGCAGCCGCACAGCGGCGCAAGAUAUGGGCAGUACGUUAUUACCGACAAAGACAAGGGAGACUGGAAUGGCCAUUUCCGGCUUAUUAGCCGACGUCAGCCAGUCCCACCCAACCCCAGUUGGGUAGUGGUUAGAGGCGUUGGACUUCUAACUAACAGGUCGCGAGUUCGAGCCUCGGGUGUUCCACACUUCGGGGUUGGGUAUGACUGGUUGACGACGGCUACUAAGCUAGAAACGGCCAUUCCAGUCUCCCUUGUCAUUGCCGGUAAUAACAUACUGAAGAUAAUGCUGUUUAUCUUGGUUGUAGUAGUUCUCCUAUAGGCUUGCAUACGGCGGAUGCUGAACACUUUCCCGUCGGUUUGCCGAGUACUGUCGAGCUCCGAUCGCUUUUCGUGGCAGUCGUCCACCAUUAUUGAGAACAAGGGGUUGGAAAAGCUUGGAGCAAGCACACAACCCUGUCACAGCGAAGGUUUCGUGCUUGAUCCGUUACCUGCGACACUUACCAUAACUUUGUUUUGAAGUCGCCUUACUAUGCAUAUAAAUCUUUUGCAGCGUCCAAGCUUCAUAAACUUUCCAGAGUCAGUCCCAGUUCACUGUGUCAAAAUACCUAAUGAGACCUGCAAAGGUAGUGUUGAGGCUGAUUCUAAUUUCCUGACGCCUUUUCACUGGCUUUCGCACGAGGAAUAUCAUAAUAUCCGAUAUUACUAUGACCCAAUAUGGAUUGUUAUACGAUAUUUCCAAAACCCACAUUUACUUUUCUGAGGAAGCGUUUACUGGAAGUGUAAAAUGGAACGGUUGAGCAGGACUCGAGCAAAGCCUUUGCCAGCACUACUGAGAGGAGAGAUUCUACAGGAAUUAUCACAGAGUUAUCCGUUUCCUCUUCGGUUGCAGAGGUGGAUAGGGGUAGAGCCCUUGGAUUCUUAUAGAAAUUGGCCUUAUCUCCACAUCUUUUAGACCAACGAGGUCGGUUUCUCCAAAAGUCGAAAACCGACGUAUUCGUAGACUUCUGCUAGAGUAGAGUCGGCAUCCGAGGCUUUUCCACUAGAUAUCUGCUGCACUUCCCCACACGGCUGCUGUGGGAUGACUGGUGAAGUUUAGCCAUGCUGGUCUCAGCUCUCCAAGAUCUCCAAUCCCUCUGAUGGCGCGUGGUUCUGUCUGUUCUGAGCAAAGGCAUAGUUGCAGUGUGCUGGGCUACGUAGACUGUCUUAAUGGGAGUGAAGUUUUUUUUGUUCCAGCACGACCCACGUAUCCUUAGAGCCAGCGAGUCCUUGUAGAUUCCCCGCAGUUUCUAUCGCGACCUGGUGUCGGCACCGGGAAAAGGAUACCUUGCUCAGGGUCAUGUUAUGUUUGUACAGGCUUCAUGAGGCGGAUGCUUCUCUGAAAACCGGUUUUAGUUUUGUCGACAUGCAGGUCCAAAGACUUCGACAGCAGUCGUGUAGAUGGCAUCACACAGUCUGCUUCACAUAUUCUCAGUCCUUUUACCUCCCAAGAUCUGCAUAUGACACUGGUUUGCGUGCAUUCUGUGGGUGAGACCUCAUUCGCUUUCAACAUGAUUCAGUACUGUAGAAUUCGGUCUUUUUCGAUGCUGUCUACCCCUGAUGUUACUUUAGUGAUUUAAUUUGCAACCUCGUAUCUGCGGUGACUAGACAGUGAUCAGUUUAGCAUCUCACACCUAGAAUGUUUUUUUAAAAUUACAAGUAUAUCACAACAAUCUAAUCGCGCGACGAGCGCAUUUUUCAACAUUUAGCAGUAACGUGAGUGAGGGCGCAGCGACUUGGUCUUUUGGCGGUCGAGAAGACGAAAUACGGCGUUGAUGAUGAUGAUUAGAUUGUGUUCUGCACCGGUCCUUAAUAACAGAAGCCCAGUGCCUUCUAUUCCGUGGCGACCGACCACGCCCUUCUGGGCAGCGUAAUUUAUUCCGGCUCGUGCAUCGAAGUCACCGAGAUUAAGCAUUUUAUACGUUUUCACAGACACAAGAACGUGCGGACCUUUGUGGGACUUGUUUUUCACACCACCCGACUUUAUCGUCCUCGAAGCGUAGACUGAUAAUUUUGACAAGUUCCUUACCAAGGAGUGUAAUCCACACUGCCUUGAGUUGACCGUUAAAGGCAGAAAGGCAGCUUCCAGACAACGUCUUUUUGGGGACGAAGACAACUCCGACACUUCGUUUUUCUGGACGGCCGCCCUGGAGGGAAGUGCAGCCUGCUCCUACUUCGUCCAGCGAUCCUUGCUCAGAGAAACGGGUCUCAUUGAAGGCGGUGAUGUUUGCAUUGUAGUUGGCGAGUCCACGGACAGUCGAAGUGGUCCUUCUUUCUGUUCUGUUGGUCAUUGUGUUAUUUAAAAGGGAACAGAAAUUCCAAACUGCCAAAUUAACCGAUCUCACUGGCCGACGGGGAAAGGGAUUGGGACGGGCGUUGUUUCUGUUUGAUGUUUUGCGCCGACCAGCCACAGUCAGUCGUGCUGACCACAUGAACCCGCAUCCUUAGAGCACGUUCUUUAGUCCUUCCCCAAUGAAACGGUAAACAGUAUGUCCCUAGGUAAGGCUGUUCAGACACCCCAAACAUCUGUCGAAUUCCUCCAUGGUUCACGAGGGGGUGUAGUGAGAAAGCAACGUGAUUUAGCCUGGACCACCUACGGCAUUGCAUGUUGUUUCCUAAAACGUUUUUGGAGAUGUCAUGUUGGCUCUACUGGAGGCAUUGGUGGAGUAUUUGAGGUGACCGAGUGCUGAUGAUGUUUUGCGUGGAGUCGGCCACAUUCUCUCCAGUCUCAUCACUAUCCAGUAACAAGAUUGCGUCAAAAAGACUGGUAAUGAGACUGGACGCAAUGGCUACGCCACAUCUACUCUUGUCAUAACACAGGUUCUCUUUUCUAGUGGAAACGGUUUGGCCGCUGCGCGGAACACCAUUUUGUCGGGUGUCAAGUUGAGGGCCACUGCGUGCAUCAAGGCCUGCCACUCCCACAAGCUGUAUCACAACUCUUUUACAUCCCACCUUUAUGCCUACCAUACAGAGCGCAACACAAAGGGUGAAUUUUGUCCCGUCUGCCUGUCGCCACCCUCGACUCUGGAACACCUGGAGAUCGCAGCCAUGUCGGCGGCUACGGCCUCGGGAACUGAGCUUCCGUCGACUUGCGGCAGCAACACCGGCGAAUCAGCCACUAGCUUCGGACCCUUCUCAGCCGCCCGCCUCUACGGCAUGUCCUGUGGGCACGGCUACUGUCUACCCUGCUGGCAGGCCUACUUUGAGGUGCAAGUACAAGAGGCCAACUCUGCCAACAUCGAGUGCAUGGACUCGCGCUGCAAUGUCUGCGUUACUGACAACUUUGUCCUGCUUGUCCUUGGCGAGUCCCCGAAGGCGGCACGUUACCGCAAGAUCCUGCAAAAUGAGAUGAUUGCGGUGAGUCCUUGGCUGUCUCUUGCCCUACCAAUCGUGUUACCUUCGGUGGUCCUUUUUCGUGCUAUUUUAUGCGUCCAAUGUUGUUGGCAACAAUGUACUCACUUUUUCUCAACAUGUCUGCAUUUGCUUACUCACAUUAUGCGUCAGCCCUCUGAAGAAUCUGUCCCAUGUAGGGCCUAUUUAGCAUUCACGGGUAGCACUGUCCGCACUGUAGCACUGUCCCACCAACUGUGUUGCCGUCUUCCUCAUCACGUGUUGGCAGACCACCCUGGCUGUGGUUCUUGCAUUAAGGAUCGUGGCUACUUUGUCGCUGCUAUGGUGCUGAGGGGCAGGAGUAGGGCUGCUUUUGUCCAAUGUGGUCAGGAAGACACCCGAAAAUAAACGCCUCGGAGAGGAAGAUCAUCGCUUCAUGUUUUGCGGUCGAUAAAAAGUAGAACCCGAGGGUUAUCUGGACAGUUUCUGCUCCCACACGUUGAACACUUUGGACGUGGUCGACCAUCGGACCCACCAGGAACUCAUGACCUUUAGCUCUGACGAACCCAUUGAAAUUCGUUUGCCAUCGGCCAGAAGACCAAGUUGCGAGUGUACAAGCUUUCCGUUAUGAUGAUGUUUUCAUGCGAAUGUGAAACGUGACCUGUGCGGUCAAAAGCGAUAGGCGGUCUGUAAGUGUUUGUCGAUGAUGUUUGCUUCCCCCUCUUCAAUUUGACUCCCGACUGCGUCAUCUACUGACGGCCGUAUUGACACAAUCGGUUAACUGCACCCUGCGCACUUGUUUGCUGUGAGAUGGCUCGGCCAUGUUACUCUGGAAUGUCAUCUCGCUCAAACCCUGCCCUGGCUGGUGACGGCGCCGAGAUGUCUAACGGAAAACGGGUAGACGUGGAAAAUUCCGACCUCAAGUCCCCCCUUGUCUUUGCGUUCCUCGGUCUGUUUAGCUAUGCUUCGCCUUGGCGUCUGCCACUGACCGAAUGCCGACUGAAGGGUUGACAAUGAAUGUCGUUACAAAAGGCCUAAAAGCGCCUGGACGUUUAUAGAAUAAAGUUUUGGCAGACAGGAGUUACUAGCAAUACGCUAUGACAUGUGUAGAUGGCGGGCGCAUAUACACGGUCGGCUGCAGCACCCAAUCCAAUUGUCUAGACUCAGCCUUAACACCAGAACUGAAUGGGAUCUGCGAAGGGGGAAGUGAGAAAGACGUUGCUCAACUCGUUAGCGUUGUAGUCCCGUCCUGAACAUGAUCCCCGUCGAGGGCGAUGGGCAAAAUUGCAUCACAAAUGGUUACGGUAGAACAGAAGCCCAUGGUCUGCUAGUCGCAAAUGACGAGGACCAGUAUACUGUUCUGGAGAUCGCGCCAACGAUCUGAAUGUGAAUUUUCGCAUCAUAUACCUCACUCUCGUUUCUUAGCUUACGUUCUUCAGUGGCUAGACGUGGUCAGGGCGGUGGCUGGCAUGGCUAGAUACUCAUCCUACCGCGCCACGCCUAUACUCUUCUCCAUUUCGUGCUAAUCGGACCUCAGAGCAGGGGUUUCGGAUGUCACGUGAUUACGAGUGCCAUAAAGGUAAUAUUAGGAAAAAACAAUUGUAGACUGGUUGUGAAGUGUCUAUUAAAAUACCCGCAUAUUAGUUAGUUGAUUAAUGCUCCUAAUCAAGCGUAUACCGCGGUCCGUAUCCAUUACGAAGUGCUGGGCUUUAUGUGUGACCUUCUUAUCAGCACGGAGGAAUAUGUGAUCUUCCUUAAAUGGGAAGUUUAAACUUGUAGAUUGGAAACCCUGGACGCUAGUGCAACGGCAGUUCGGAUUCGAAAUUGUUCGGGAAUUUGAAAACUUACUGUUAGAACUAGAGAGAUGCUUUCUUCGGGUAGAAUACUAUACGAUGUAAUUUUCUAAAAGUGUGCAUAGGAAAGGACGGUUUGUGCAUAUUUCCAAUAAAAAAGGCAUCGAAAAUCCAUGGAACAAAUUCAUACUAAUUAAGUAGCCGCUUGUUAGAGAGUGCAAUUUUUGCAGGGCGGCCGGAAAGAUGCACAUUCAGAAGCGGCCAUCCUGUUGCAAUUGAAAUGAUUUCGAAUUACCAGCAUGUAAUCAUCACCACAACCCUUCCUAAGCAAUUUUUCUAACCGAAAUUACAUUUCAGAAUUUCGGUCAAUGUUUUAUGCUACACGUCACCUACUGUAUUGAGAAAAUAUCCAUGAGUUCUUAAGUGUUAGUUACUCUCCUCUGACAUGCACAGCUGAAUAAAGACAGUUAAAAAAUAAAUACUGGCAAAGGCCAGAGAGACUAGACUGGCAUCACUGACCGUCGUCAGCCAGCCAGCCAGCCAUCCACACCUCAAUCGAGAGAAAUAAACGUAUACUACUACUACUACUACUACUACUACUACUACUACUACUACUACUACUACUACUACUACUACUACCAAUACUACUACUACUACUACCAAUACUACUACUACUACUACUACUACUACUAGUUGAAACAAAGUCGCGCAAAAACGUCUUGCUUCGCAACUGAUAGUUGAAUCGGCUACAUCCCCGUUAUCUAGAGUAUUCGCUUAUGCCUUGUAAUUAUUUAUGCGACAAGGUAAGAGAUUGUCUCCUGACAUAAUUAUUGUUUUCAGGGUAUCAAAACUGUUUGAAGCCGAAAGCACUCUUUCCUUUCUACAUUAUUACAAAUACCUAUUUUACCUUGUAAUGUCUCGUUUUUCGACAAUACAAUAAUGCAGAAGCAUAUUCGACGUGCGAAGUUUUCUUCACUGCGUGAGGUCCAUAAUUUGAAAUUUACGAACACUUGAAUGUAGGUCUUUGUGUUUUAUCAGUGUAGCCAUUUACCGCAUCUGGAGAACAGCAGGUGCGUGCUGACAACGUACAAGAGACCAGGAAUGGCUAUCCCAGUUUCCUUUUCUGCACAUCAUUCGGUGAUUGCUUACCCCAUGCCAUGCGACCGCUUGCGAAAGAUCUGACUUGAAGCUUCCUGGGUCGGACGCCUGUAUACCGGAUACCUCCAUUGAAUUUUUAUCUGAGUGUCAAAGUAGCUUUGGGGUCCAGCAUGAGUUUUAGGCUGGAUUUUUUAAAAUGAUUAUAUAUCCUGUGGAGGUCCUGGCAAAAUAUUUUUAGUGAGGUGUUCUGCCGACUAACCGGUGCCAAGGAGAAGGUAUCAAACCUUUUAUUAGUAGUUUCCUCAAAAUCACCAUACAUACAGUGUGAGUGCAAUUUGAACGGUGCGGAUAGUGCUACACAGACGUCCGCAAGGCUAGCUUACUUGGAAAAAGAGCAGUCAAGACGUGAGACCACCGCAGCCGAUCGACUCCAACUACGGCCAACCAGGACGGAAACGACACAGACCACGGCGAAACAGGGGUCUGAUUCACACUCAUGGGUGAUAUUCAUGUUCCAUGCCCCUGUGACCCAGGCGCCAAGUAAUUAGAGCUAUGCACAGGACUCCCCAAGUAUCUGAAGCGGGGUAGCCGAAAUCCCGGCUUGAAACAAGAGGACAACAGUCAAUCCCUCCCGGUGAACGCCUCUUUCGAGGUGUUGCCUGGGAAUCACAUCUUCCCCACCACCACCACCACCACCACCACCACCACCACCACCACCACCACCACCACCACCACCACCACCACCACCACCACCAAUGUUUAAGUAGUUUGCCAAAAACCUAACUGAUGGAGUCAGUUCUGAAUUUCACAAGAAAUUAAGAGAAGUUCAUCCAAUCUCUUACAUGUUUUCAGACAAAAUUACCUUUCUUCUUAUUCAUUAGACGUUUCCUUUGGCGAUUAGUGGGAAAACGUGUCGAACUGGCUUCCACAGAAAGGCCCAAAAAUACGUAUCAUUUGAGUUCCCAAUAUUCAUAAGUUAGUAGUCCUCGGCAGUUAGUUGGGCUGGGUGUCUUUAUUCGUCUUGAUUUAUCUAGACUUACUGGUGCCCAACCACCCCAAAUUAGAUAGUUUUUAUCUAAUCUACGCAUGAAGUUGAUGGGCCUGCCUGCAGCGACGUUGUGUCUUCUGUGAAAUCUCGGUCUCUUUUGUGGUUUGUUUGAAAACCUCUCUAAGCACCCGGCGUUGUCUCCGAACUGCCCGACAAACGUACUAGAAAUCAUUUUGAUGCUUAAAUGUCUACUUACUCAGCCUAAGUAGAAGAAUUAUUUUUGCACUUACAGGCUCAUCCAAGACUUCGGCCAUGCACCAACUCGCGCUGCUCCAGCGUUGUUUACGCGCUGGAAGAACCUCGUGCCAGAAAGGUCCAUUGUGAAACCUGUGGUACUGACUUCUGCUUCGCCUGUGGCAUGGAAUAUCACGCCCCCACUGACUGUGAGACCAUUAAGCGGUGGCUCCAAAAGUGCCGUGACGACUCGGGAACUGCCACCUACAUGGCCGCUCACACAAAGGACUGCCCGCACUGCGGGGUGUGUAUAGAAAAAAACGGCGGCUGCAAUCAUAUGGUGCGUCGUAUCGCAAUAUCCGAUUCAAUUCCCUCCCCCUCCUCCUCCUCCUCCUCCUCCUCAUCCUCCUCCUCCUCCUCCUCCUCCUCCAGCAUCUUCAUGUUCUUUUUCAUACCUCCGGAGUUGUUUCAGCGUUUCAUUUUACCCCACCCAGUUUAUGUGUUCAUUCUCAUGCAGACUCUAAUGUUACCGGUUUUUCUAAUUUCAGCAAUGCUCCAAAUGUCACUACUCCUUUUGUUGGGUCUGUUUGGGACGUAAGUGUGCAUUCCCUUUGCUUCUUCACGCAUAAGUAUUUGCUCGAGCGUUAGCUCCUGUCCCAAACGAAAGUAAGAUUGAAAAAGGCUUUUGAGCCGAUCUUAGGCCCCAGUAAACAUUCUUAACACAGACGAGUCAGUGGGACAGCUCAGCACCACUUACUGAAAGCGAUAACCCCUCUACUUAAACUCUCACGCCAGACAAAAAGUUUGCAAUAAGAGGGACACGGAAUUGUGCUUUCCGACUGCAGGCAAAGUAGAUUUUUAUUCAACUCUGGAAGCUCAAGAAUUUGUCUGACUCCUAAUCUCUGUGCUGCCUUGUUUUAGCAUGGCAAACCCAUUCUGCCCAGUUCUAUGUCUGCAGCAAGUACAUGGAGAAUGCUGACCUUGCCAAGGAGUCGGCCCGGAACAGAGCUCGGGAAUACCUGAAGCGAUAUUUCUUCUACUACGAGCGGGUAAGUAAAGCAGUGGAUGUAACUUCGGAAAUGUGCGUAAAUUAACAAAAAAAUCUCUACUCAGUGGAAAGUUGGCUCAACUUCACCGAUCAGAACUCCCAGUGGAUAAUGAACGACCUUUAGUUGAAUUAAAACAUAGCAGAAAUAUUACACUGGUUACAACUAACACGCCUUUUUUUAGUGCGAAGCGGAAUUGUAAAAAGCUCGGAAAUUCAUGUCAAAUGAGUGGACUUGAUUUUUAGCAGUAUAUAAAGCCUGUUUAUACAAAUAGAUAAGACAGCAUAGGUACAAAAACGUCCGAAGACAGACUUUUAUGCACCUUCACUUCUGAAAUCCCCUAAAAAUUAGUGCAUGUGAUAUCAAGCGUAGCAAGUAGUCAACUGCCUGCCAUUCGAUCAUAGAAUCCGAACGUUUUAGUCAGAUUACACGUUGAACGGUUGGUCAGCGAUUAAAUAUUGAAUUAAGAUAAGCAGAUGUAAUUAUAAGCAUGUAAUUUUCUGUGCAUUCUGACAAAUUUUCUCCGUUUUUUGGUGGCGGUGGCGUCCGUUGGGUUUCAGGGUGUCGUUGAAACGCUAGUAAAUUUUUUUCAGUUUAAAGUAUUCUCAGUCGAAUGCCCAAAAGGUAGGUUCUGUAGUUUUUGUCUACAAUAUGCAGAUAGCGGUUCGAAACAAUAUCUUCAAAGACCUCCAGGAGGUUGCCUUUUUGAAAAAAAGAAAACGUUUUAUUGAGGCAUUUCACCGGCGAGUGUACACGCACUUUAUCCUUCUUCGAAGUAAAGCCAAGAAAAAGACGGGAAUAGAAGAUUGCCGAUAGGCGUCAGUACUGCUUUUAGGGAUAAAAUCACACAGCUUAAUGGUUUCGAUUUUUCAAAAGUAAAAUCUUUGGUUUUUUUGAAAUUAACAUGCCUAUUCAAAUUCUGCUUCAUCUUUAAGUGGGCGUAGGCUGCACAAACAUGGCAUAUUUUAGUUAUUAGGAUAGGCAGUUGCCUGAAUAUAAGGUACUGCUGAUUUCCGUCCAAAGUGACACACAUUUUCUUUGAUAAAAGUGGAUAGAAACACAUUCUUCGUGAUAAGUUGGCUUCCUUUCGGAACGGUUUAGGUGAAUAAGGAGAAUACUGGACGUUUAGGACUCCCCGAAAUGAUCACCUCUAUUUCCGUCUCCAGCUAUGCAGCCUCCUAUACACCAGCCCAAGUUCACAGUUCUUGGUCGUUGGGUGCUAACUGAUACUUCUUCGCGAGGAACGAGGAUAACCACUCUCCCCUUUGGCUACAUUUAAGGAGUCUCAAAUCCUACUUCGAGAAUGCCAUUUAGGUCACAUUGCGAAGACCCUAUUGCAGCCAAUCCGCCAGUCCUGAGUAGGGUUGAGUUGACGUGCUGCGCUUAAUGCGAUUAAUUGACACAAAGACGGUAUCACCCCACACUUGUCCGAUAGCGGAAUGUCGGGUCUCCUCAAAUAUCUGACGCAACAGUUCUGACUUUGGGGGCUUCGGCUACCCCCUACUCGUCGGAUGGGAGGCUAUUCCAGCUGCACUAUCGUGUUUAAGGUGCUUAAGUUCUCAGGUUGCUGUUUACUGGUGCAGGUACUUGCGCAAGGAGCACGAGAUUCAGCUAGCAUAGUUACAGGCGGUAGACGAGUGUUUUUUUGUUACUAAGGUCUGAAGAUGGACAAUUCCAUUGUUCAUGUCCAGCGUGGACUCCCUUGGGUGAAUGAGAGGAGCUUGUUCUGCCGAGACGCCCCGGUCGGUAGCUUAUUCGUUUUUGAUAAGCCGGUGGGAAACUAAGCUGACAAGCAAAUCAGGUUUGGUCUUUUUUGAUUUCAGCCUAUAUCAUCCGCGACUGUGAAAGAUUUCUCCACAGCAGGGUAAGAGUAGGGACGGUGACUUGUGCGAGUUAGUUUAUAGUCAUAGUAGGUUUGCGCACCAUCUACCGCACUCUCUCCUCCUCCACCGGGACCCGGUGUCAAGACAGAGUCAAGAAAACCGAAGGCGGAAAAGGGCGCAGGUAUCUGGCAUGGUCAAAACCCGCAACUAGGCGUACCAUCACACCCCCUGGCCCACAACACACACUGACCAAGAUUUUAUACGCAAGAGGGCGAGGCGGCUUAACCUCACCAACACAGCCCUGUGAUGUAGAACAUGUGUCCCACGUACACUGACCGGGAUUUUAUACGCAGAAAAUGUGGGGGGGGGGCAGCAGGGAUUCCAAUCGACGCUACGUGAGCUUGCACAUUGGCGUGCCACCACAUCUCAAUGUUGGCGUUAGUUGUGAAUGCGUAUUCCCGAUAACACAUGCCAGACUCCCAUCAAGCCCACUGGGUUGCUCCAGCGCACCUAUUGCGUGGCCCGUGUGGGGGGGGGGGGCACACGCACACUACUACGGACCUCCUUAAUGUUUUAAUCGGAAGCGUUUCUUGACCAAAAUAUCACAGGACAGUGAAUAGUAAUUUUCAGACGGAUAUAAUCUCCCACAAAAGGACGGGGUCUCGUAUCAACCUUUCUGUACAAAGUGUGUGAGUUUUGUGACAUCAUGGGUGCGCUGGAUAGUAUACAUGCAGUAGAUGUGUUAUCUCAUGAAGUGUUAACCAAGAUUUUAAAAUGUUUCCGAUUCAAAAAGAUAACUUAAGUAGACUCGUAACGUUACUGAUUCCAAGAUAUCUCAGCUAUAUCAGGAUACCAGCUUUUGAACAAGCUUCUUUCCGGCCUUCUGAGAAAACGUCACCGUAAAAAAUGACUAAAUUUUUGCUGGCCUAAUAGAUUCAACUAUAUUUGAUAAAAAGUACGCACAAAAGUAUUCGUUGUCUUACUCACUUGUUAGAAAAUAACGUCUUAUCUAAGCUUUAUACUUGGAGGAAGAGUAUAUUUCAGUCUUUAAAAAGUUCAUAAUUAGGUGAUUUUUUAUUACUGAUGAGGGACCUUCAGUUAACUGAAAACGUAGAAGAAAUAUCGAAAGUGAUGUCGCAUUGGUUAGAAGUGAAGAUUUUCUUAAAAAACGCAAGUACCAAGAACGCGAAAAGCCGUGUUAGGUGAGUAAACCUAAUUUGCAGAGGUACAUGAUGUAUAUUCAUGGAACAAUCCGAAUGAAUAAAAAUUCAUGAGCUAAUAAACGUCUGAAAAAACCGUUAGGUAUUUCACGGGCUAAAUAUUCAUCAGUAACGAGUGUACCACGCAGUAUGGCAACUAGUCAACCGUUUGAUGCUGCGUUUUAAAGUGGCGUCACGGAAAUUCGAUUUGCGCUGCUCGAGAUGUGGUUGACUACGGCAGAAAAGAUUUCACCACUAGAGACGUCGGAGGCAUAAAAGUUUCCAUAAGGUCACAGGUCGAGAGGCCGCCCAUUGCCUGCGAAAUUGGAAUGUAGUAAACGCAUGCAGUCAUAAGCACACAAUUUGCUGUGUAUCAAGAAAGUUUUUCUUCCGUAGCAUUUCUGUGCUCUUUUUAGCGAUGGCGGAGUUCGCUGUCUUUAAGGCAUCCUUGUAGUGCCAGUGAAUACUUCGCGGUUUUCGAUGUUCUCAAUCGGCUGCUUAGGAAGACGGAUUCUGUAGUUUUUGUCUACUAGAACCUUCCAAAUGAGGCAGUUCUUACAGGCUUUAGAAGUGAGUUCUCGAGCGUUCUUUAUCACGCAGAUAGCCCUUUCGGUCAUAUUAGUAGGCUCACCUGGACAUGAAGUUUCAUCCACAACGAAAGCCCACGAUAACUAUGAUCCUAAUCAAAUGAAUUACAUCUAAUAAGUUAUCUUUUUAGAGAGUACACUGUGAGAAUAUUUAACGGAUGAAUACCCGUACUCUCAUACUUUUUCGAAGUAGAGCCUGGGAAAAUACUGGGGCACUUUGUCCACUUAUGCACUUCUUUGAAAUAUGAUGACAAUCUUCCAGCCGCAAACAAAGAACUCCCUUUCUAUUUUGGGACCUUUUUCGUUAUGGUUCUGCGGUUAUAAAUGCACCUCUGAGUGACGACAUAAAUACCGGAAUAUUUUAUAGACGGUCGACGUGGUGCCCAUUGGGCUUCGUAAUUACGCUGAAAGUAGACUACACAAAAGUAUCUUGCCGUACAACCGAAGGUUCAAGUGCUCGUUAGAUGGUUGACGUUGUUGUGGUCACCCGUGGAAUGUUUUGUUUGUGCCUAAAAAUCACUGAUGCAUUAAGACAGUGAACUGUCGGUCUUAUUGCUGCCUUUUAGGGCACAGAUUUUCGAACCGGAAUUUUAAAAAACAAAGAACUUCUGUUUCUCUUAAAACAGCUUUAUUAUCCGCACAUUGUUCCGCCUGAUUUACGCGCACCGAAAACCAAAUCUCCUGUUAGCGAUUGUUUUUUGCUACUAAAGCCUUCUCGUUUAGAUUGCCGAUCUCUGCUAGAGAAGAGCAAGUGCGCAACUGUGUCCUAGGGGAGAUUGCCAGAUUAUGGGAUAGCUCUUACUUUCGCUGAUAAACUAGCCCAGAAAUGUAUUCCGCACGAGAAAAAGGGCUUUUCUGUGACGUGUUACGCUUGAAGGGUUGUCACCUAGUAGGAUAAUGUGCCCUUCUGGAAUGAAGUAUGGCGACAGUCACCGGUGUGUGCGCCAAGUAAGCGAGCUUACUUCCGUAUAGAUUGGGGGGGGGUCAACACGUGCGUGGCGCAAGUAGAUAGGACUUAAUGCCCGGUCAACCACUGCGCCCACUCUCUCAUACCCACUCGCCCUGAGGCGAUAGCCGUCGUAGGAGUGUAGUCAGUGCUGCGAACGCCUUCCUCACUGCGAUUUAAAUAAUCACUGCGUCCCUAUUUCUCCUCGAGGCUAAGGGUUGUCGUUACGUACGACGGCCGAACUGUCGUCUGCGUCGUAGAUAAGCAGGCUCGUUUUACUCUGGUGUUGCAGUUGACGGCGUUCUGGUCUAGCACCAAACUAGUAGUCUGUGGACCCUUGUGUGUUGGUUUUCGUCCCUCUGCUCACGACAUUACCGUUUGUUCCUCACUAAACAUCCUGAACGAUUCUUCCUUUUUUCGUAUCUGCAGCCGAUGUAGGCAUAAUUCCACGCGCGAAUUGGGGCAUCGGAGCAUUUAAACGGUCGCAUAGUUUUUUUCCAAGUACCAUUUUUGGGUGAGCAUGGUAAGCUCGGCAUGUUCAGUCUAGGUACAGUGCGUGACCGAUCUCAUGAAAUGUUGGCCAAGAUUCUGGAAUGAAUUAAGAAGGAUUACUUAAGUGGGGUUGUUAUACUGAUUAUCAUGCAGCAUAACCCUAUAACAUUUCGUACUCGCCAGGAUGUCGGCGUUUGAAUGCACUUCGUUUCGACCUCCUGUAAAAACCGCACUCGGUAAAAAAUGAGUACUUGAGUGGCAUGCAUUUUUUAAUUCAAAUAUAUUUUAUAGAGAACAUGCACAAAAAUAUGCUUUCUUUUGUUCAGUUGGCAGGGAAUCACAUUGUCUUCGUACCUCAUGCCCGAAGAAAGUGUAUAUUUUGGUUUUAAGAAAGUUUCCCAAUUCCCGAAUAAUUUUCAGCCUGAUCUGCCAUUUCAUCAGCGUUUAGCAACUUCAGUCUACAAGGUGCAUGCUUUCAGCGUAAGGAAAAUCAUAUAUUCUGCCAUGCCUUUGAGAAGGCACCACAUAGAAUUCAUGAAAUUUUGCAGUGGAUCCGGACUGUGUUGUACAUUUCAUGAGGAGCAUCGAUAAACGGGCGUGUGCGGUCUUGUAUGCGUGGACAUCGCACAGUUGUAAAAAUCUCAUAGUUAGAAACUUUUUUAAAACCAAAAUACACACUUUCUUCGGGCAUAAAAUAUGAAGACAAUGUGAUUUCCUACCAAAUGAGCAAAAGAAAGCAUAUUUUGUGCAUGUUCUCCACAAAAUAUAUUUGUAUUUGUAGGACUACCGAAAAUCAAUAGGAAAAAUGCAUGCCAAUUAAGCAGUCAUUUUUUACCGAGUGUGGUUUCUGCAGGAGGUCAACAAGAAGUUCAUUCAAAAGCCGACAUCCUGGCGAGUCCGAAAUGUUAUUGGGUUAUGCUGCUUGAUAAUCAGCAUAAAAACCCCACUCAAGUAAUCCUUCCUAAUUGGCAACGCAUUCCAGAAUUUUGGCCAACAUUUCAUGAGAUCGGUCACGCCCUGUAGCUGUGAACCGUGCAUACUGUGAAUUGACUCCUUGCUAUACCUGGGUGCACAGAGCCACACGCGCAAGUCAGGGUUGCGUCCAUGGUCAAUGGUGGUGGUGGUGGCGGUGGUGGUGGUGGUGGUGGUGAUGAUCAUCGUUAGGGAUAUGCGAAUUGCCAUAACGCCCUGGCAACCACUCAUAUUUGCUGAUCUCUGCCUCAUUUGUCAGCCUUCCUUUUUUUUUACUCUCAAUAAUCUCUCUUGUAGUGGGAGAAUCACGAACGCAGCCUACGCUUGGAACAGGAACACUACGCCACCAUCCAGUCGCGCAUUCAGUCCAAGGUGCUGAACUGCGAGGGUACCUGGAUCGAUUGGCAGUACCUGCUGACCGCCGCGGAGACCCUGCGCAAGUGUCGUUACACCCUGAAGUACACAUAUCCCUAUGCCUACUAUCCACCCAAGGCGAUGCAGCGACUGGCCCUGUUUGAGUACCAGCAGGGCCUCCUGGAGGCCGAGGUUGAGGAUCUCUCCUGGAAGAUUGCUCACGCGGAGAUCACCGACAAGGGUGAGCUGCUAAACAAAAUGAACAUCUGCGAGAAGCAUAGGCAAACCCUCUUGCAGGAGUUUCUCACCAACUGA